AUUUUCAUUUUAAAAAGAUUUAAAAAUUCUCAAUAUGCUAAAAAAUAUUUUUGAGAGAGUUAAAAUCGAAUUAUUACAGUUUUACAACAGAUAGAACAGAUAGCGGAAAUCCUAUGUUGAUUGAAACUUUUGGUUUUACAAAAGACCCUCGAGUGGAUGGAUUAGAUAGUUAUAUAUUAGUUAUGGAAUAUGCUCCAAUUGGAGAUUUACAUAAUUAUCUACAAAUGAACUUUACAAUAAUUGAUUGGAGAGAAAAAAUUUUUAUUCUAUAUAAUCUUACAAUUGGGUAUUUAAAUUUUAGGCAUAUUGGUAAAUGAUUAAUUUAUAAUACAAAUUUAUUAAUUAUUACUAUUUUAGACUUCU